AGUAACUGCGAGGAUAGCAGACGUGGGAUCACUCUCUUUUCUUCAAUGGCCGGGAUUAUUUUUCAGUACCCUCGCCGUGACGGCACUACCGGGUUAGAGCUGGAGGCAGUGCGGCACGACUACGCACGAGUUGCUCCUUCCUACGGUUGCAACCUUGUGAAUGCGGUGCUACAGGCUCUCGAUGAGGCGGCUGCGUGCGCGCCAAGAGAGACAAACGCCGCCGUGAAAAUCCAAGCCACGUUUCGUAUGCACCGGCAAGCGGCGACGUUUCGUAAUAUGCGACGCAAGACGUGCAUGGUUCAGCGCGUCUUCCGCGGUUACACCACCCGUAAACGUCUUGAGCACGAACGCACCACAACGCAGCGGCUUUCCUAUCUGCAGACCGUCUUCGACAUGUUCGCCACGCGUAUUCAGGCGUGCUUCCGCGGGUAUUACAGCCGCAAGACACGGUUCAACUACUACGCUCAGCAAGCCUACAUCAGUACGGUGAUGUCGCGUUCGCUGGGCGUUUUAGGAGACGCGCACCGCACCCGCAUCGAACAAGACAAAUUGCGCGCCGCAGAAUCGCAGCGGGUGCUGGCGUUGAGCUACGCCCGGUGCACCGCACAGAUGCACCACACCAUCUCCACAUGCAGCAUCCCGAGUGUGUACCUUCGACCCCCCGUUUCAUCGGUGCGACUCGCACCCAACAGCAAGCUCCAACCCACGGCAGGCGGUGGCCGUGAUGGGACAAGAGGCGACGCAGGAGAAGGGGUGGGAAAUGCAACGGCGGAGGAUUAUGAACUGGCCCAGGCGGCGGUGUUGACCGCGGGUGAAAAACUAGAGGAUGACAUUCAGCAAAACUCGCGGGCCGCCCGACACAACCGCGUGGGCACACCAGGGGCUCCGGGUGUGUCGCGGGGAACAUCGCCCCGCCCCGCGGCUGCCACGACCGCACCGCAAACACGGGCACAGUCAACAGACGAGAAGCGCUCGCCCACCACUGCCACCGCCUCGCAGAGCCCGCGUCUUCCUGCGUUAGGUGCAAACUCUGGAAAGCAAAAGGUCUACGCAAAAACAAGCGGCGCACGUGUCAACGGGGAGGGAAAGGCCAAAAACCGUCUAAGCGUUCCGUGGGAAGAGGCGUCUGCGACGGCACCGCAGCGACCGCUCAUUGAGAAGGUCCACCGGCACACGCAAAGCCCCCUCCACACCACCACCUCUGCCUCUGCAGCUGUCGCGGCCUCAACAACUCCUUCUGACCCGUCAAACAACAACACAUACAAGGCUGUCUCGUCGUUUCAUCGCAAAUUCGGCAUACGACGGCACGACUGUGUGGAGCACAAUUUGAGCUGCGAGGCCGGUGUCGUGCAGAACGGUGCGGUCGCGGUGACGUUUCCUGGUCCGCUGUCGACGGCGAAGGAAAGCGCUGCGCUGCAGCACAGCGUGGAUCAGAAAGUCAUCAAAUCGCUUCAUGGCAACGAUGUCUUCAAGGUUCCUGCGUCGCGUGGCAAACGAGCGUGA